AAUAUUCUAAAUUUCCACCUGCCCGCCCCCUCUCGUUUAUAAUGCAGGACACGUGAAGCCGGUCAUUCAGUCUUGCCCUCUCAACCAGUGGAUUAGUAGGAGCAGAGUGAAAUGCUGUUUCUCCCAUUUUUCACAGUCCCCCGGAGAUAAGACAAGUCUGGCUGGAGACCCUCUGAGGGCAGAGCCAAGGACACACGGAGGGAAAUUCAUCGCUGGACAGUCAGCACAGACUCUAAUGAAGUUGAUAAGCAGUUGCAAUGCCGCAAAAACACUAAAUGCCAAUAACAUGGAGACAUUGAUUGAAUGUCAGUCAGAGGGUGAUAUCAAGGAACAUCCUCUGUUGGCAUCAUCUGAGGGUGAAAAUAAUAUUUGCCAGCUAAUUGAAAUUAAGAAGAGAAAAAAGGUGCUGUCUUGGCCUUUUCUCAUGAGAAGGCUUUCUCCUAUGUCAGAUUUUCCUGGGGCUUCAGAACCAGAACUGAAAACGCCACUAUUUGAUCAGCCCUUGUCAAUCAUCUGUGGUGAGGACGACAUACUCCCCAGACCCAUCCAGGAUAUUCUCACUAUUCUGUGCCUUAAAGGACCUUCUACUGAAGGGAUAUUCAGGAAAGCGGCCAAUGAGAAAGCCCGCAAAGAGCUAAAGGAAGAGCUCAACUCUGGAGGCGUGGUGGAUCUGAAAAGUCUCCCUGUGCACCUUCUGGCUGUGGUCUUUAAGGACUUCCUCAGAAGUAUCCCACUGAAGCUACUUUCAUGUGACCUGUUUGAGGACUGGAUGGACGCCCUGGAGAGGCAGAAUGAGGAGGACAGAAUUGAGGCCCUGAAACAGGUUGCAGAUAAGCUCCCCCGGCCCAACCUCCUGCUGCUCAAACACCUGGUCUCCGUGCUCUACCUCAUCAGCAAGAACUCAGAGAUCAGUAAGAUGGAUGCCAGCAAUCUAGCUAUCUGCAUUGGACCCAACGUGCUGACCCGAGAGAAUGACCAACACCUGUCAUUCGAAGCCCAGAAAGACUUAAACAACAAGGUUAAGACAUUGGUGGAAUUCCUCAUCGAUAACUGCUUGGAAAUAUUUGGGGAGAACAUUCCGGCACAUUCCAGUACUGCUUCUGAUGACUCCCUGGAACACACUGACAGUUCAGACAUGUCAACGCUGCAGAAUGACUCAGCUUAUGACAGCAAUGAUCCUGACGUGGACUCCGGUGGUGCCACUGGCUCCCCAAAUAGGCGACCCCCAGUACCUGUGGAGACAACUGCUGGCUGGGGGCCCAGAGGCCCCCAGCUCACUUGGGAGUUGGGUCCGGAGCCCAUCAGCAGCACUCUUGCCAGGCUGAAAAACUCCCUGAGUGAACUAGACAGGAGGUACUCAGAGCCCAGCCCGUCAUCCUCACAGGAGAGCCUCGAGAGCCAGAAAACACACCAAAAACUAACACGAAGCGAGGAGGACGUCGCCAUGGCCCAGGCAGGGGCUCAUUUGGAAAGUAAGGAAACUGAAGACCCCUUUCCAGAGGAGGUGUUUCCUGCAGUGGAAGGCAAAGCCCAGAGACCACAGGACCUGAAGGUGAAGAACUCGACUCAGGGUUCAGUGUUACUGUGGGGACUAGCGCCCAAAGCCUCCUCCAGUGGCUCUCUGGAUGCUUCCUCUGAUGGUUCACCCGUGGCUUCUCCUUCCAGUCCCAAAAGAAAUUUCUUCACCAGACAUCAGUCUUUCACAAAGACAGAGAAGAGUAAGCCCAACAGAGAAAUUAAAAAACACUCCAUGUCAUUCUCCUUUGCCUCUCACAAAAGAGUGCUGACCAAAGCCCCCAGCUGCGUGUCUGUAAAAUCCAAAGGCUUUACCAGAGACCAAGUAAAGAAAGGUUUUAAAAAAGAAAGCCAGCUUUCUGGGCGGAUCAUCCAGGAAAACUUGUCUGAAAUCCAGGGCCAAACUGCUCUAGACUGUAGCUCCACAUCCUAUGCCCUCUCUGUCAGGGAUGUGUUCCAACAAGUGGAUCAGAGAAGCCCAGGUAGUCCGCCAUCUUACGAAGAGGCCAUUCGGCGCCAGGCAUUGGACCUCUCGGCCUACAGGGGCCAAACAGUCGGGAGCAUGAGGGCCAGAAUGCUCAGCCAGGAUGCUGAACCUCUCCGACCUUUUCAUCACGGAGGGAAUUUAAGAAAUACAUGCAGUCAAGAGCUGCUUGACAGGCACAGACUAUCUCCCAGGACUGAGAGCUGGAGACAGAGCCAGACUGUACAUGUUUCUGUAGAAACAAUAGGACACGUGACCGUCACAGGGAGACCUGACCUGCACCGGCCAAGAACUGUAUCUGAGUCAAAACAGAAGACUAAGCUGGACCAUCUAGUGCGGCAAUGUAGUCAGCCGGUCUUUAAGGCUGACCAACUCCAGUAUGCUAAAGAAUCCUACAUUUAGGACGGCAGACCAGACACCAUGACAUGGCUUAUGGCGUCUCUGUAAAUGCACAACUGUAUAAAGAACUGCUUUGAACUCUGUUUUCCAAAAAGUCGAGAAUAAGCUCUUUUAGAAAGGUUGUACAGAGGCCUCCCUAGAGGGGAUAGCCACGCAAUGGGACUCAGGCAGUGUCUGUGUGUGCCCAAAUUCAUGCAACAUGUAGCAAGUGUAUAAAAUGUAUUAGAGACAAGGUGUUAGGUGCAAAGAUGUCUACAUGAGUAUGUGUGUAUUUGUGAACUUGUAGUCAACUGCACUGCUGUUCUCUGCCUCCUGGGGCAGUAUUUUGAACACUAUUAGUGUUCAAAAAUAAUUUUUUUCCUUUCUUUGUUGCCUCAAAUGUCAUCCCAUUUUUCAUAUUUUCCACAAACUCCAUUUAGGGAAAAUGUUUAAAUCUCUGUUAGAAGUUUCCUCCAGUAAACAGCUUUGUGAUAAUUACCCACAACGGUAAGAAAAAAGGAGCAGACUGCAAGAACAGACUUCAGUGUUUGGAGUUAUAUCGAAGGCAUUACAAACUCCAGUGAAUGAAAAGGCCAUCAUUAACAUUUAUGAAAAAUAGUGAAAUGUGUUCUUUUAAUCCUCUCAUUCUCAAUUUGGGUAGAUUAGCACAAAUGCAUUACAUCAAUAUUAACUGAUUUAUAGCACUUUGAGUUUCUCUGCGGCUCAGCAAUGCCUUCUCCAACAGUGUGCAGGAAACUUUAUAUGCAUGAUAUGCAUUGGGGAUCAUAUAUAGAACUUCAGUAUAAUCUCACUACAAUAAAUUGCCUUCCUUGUUUCAAAGUAAACAUUUUCAUUCUUUA